AAUAUAUCUCUUUAAUUUCGUCAUCAGAUCACCCACGAACAAGUAAUUGCUAGGUACUAGGUAGUCUUCGUCUUCAAAUGGGGAAAGAUGCGACACCUAGAAAUUGGCCGUCAGUGAUACCAUAUCUCUUACAACCCUCCUAUGCCCCUCACAUAACGAGAUCACAACAUGAAAUCAUAAGGUCUCGAUCCAGCGAUAUUAUAACCGAGAUUCCGCGUGGUUUCCUACGAGGUCCCUCGGUUCUCGCGAGGAUUGUGCCUAUCACCGACCCUUCGCAUCCCGCAAAGGGGCAGGCCGGCUUGUUCGCCGCGAGACAGCUCCCACCGGGCUCUCUCAUUUUGCCUUACUACGGUGUAGUUCAUUCUUCCUUACCUCCGUACUGUACAGCAUAUGAACAGUCGGAUUACGACCUCUGGUUAGACCGCGACGGUGCACUUGCUGUUGAUGCGGAGAAAGCAGGCAACGAGGCUCGCUUCGUAAAUGACUAUAGGGGUAUCGCUGCGCGACCAAACAGCGAAUUCAAAGAGUGCUGGGAUUCGAGACGUGGCGAGAGAUGUAUGGCUGUCUUUGUUCUUCCCGCUGGGAAGAACGCCGGAAAAAAGGCUGGGGCGGGGAUUGGGAAGGGCGAGGAGAUACUCGUUAGCUACGGAAAGGGGUUCUGGAGUAAAAGGAGAGACGAGCAUCAAGAUGAUGGCGAAUUCGAAGGUGACAUUGGUGUACUAUGAUUGAAAAGAUACCCUUCUGCGAUCUACUUGGAUCAAUAAAUCGGGAUAUCAAGUUUGUUGGUUAAUGUUAGCGAGCUUGAAGGUACUUGAUCAUCAUUGACCUUCUUUCUGUCAAGUGGGCGAUCAAUGUCUGUGUCAUCUUACACGCAGUAAUUAGGAAUGAAUAAAACUCAUCCUCUACCCAUCAUCGUAUCUCCGAUAGAUGAGAUGUUUCGCUAGAUUGGUAUUAUGAGGAGGUAGGUAUCUA